CCUCCGGCAGUCACCUAGGCCUGUACCUGCGGCGUCGUCGGCGGGUGCAGAGCGCCCGGCAGGGCCUAGAGGCCGGGCUGGCGUGUGGCCGCAGCCGGGUACCCAGGGCUGGGCCUGGCGCGCAGGCGCUGACCCGACUGGGCAGUGAGCCGCCGCGGCCUUGGCUGCUAGGCCUUAACCCGGCCAGCCGCCGCGCCCUGCUUGUGGGUGGGCCGCGGGCGGGGUAGGAGCAUACGCGGGGCGGUGGCGAUGGACGCCUUAGAAGAAGAAAGCUUUGCGCUGUCUUUCUCCUCUGCCUCGGAUGCAGAAUUUGAUGCUGUGGUUGGAUAUUUAGAGGACAUUAUCAUGGAUGACGAGUUCCAGUUAUUACAGAGAAAUUUCAUGGACAAGUACUACCUGGAGUUUGAAGACACAGAGGAGAAUAAACUCACCUACACACCUAUUUUUAAUGAAUACAUUUCUCUGGUAGAAAAAUACAUUGAAGAACAGCUGCUGGAGCGGAUUCCUGGAUUUAACAUGGCAGCUUUCACCACAACAUUACAGAAAAAGAAGGCCGAGGACUGGAUUUAAGCAGUGGCUUAGUGGUGACAUCGUUGUGCAAAUCAUCAUCUGUGCCAGCUUCCCCCAACAAUCUGCGGCACUAGGUCCUACCUCCAGCCAAUGAAUGGGAUCGUUCUGGAUGUCACCGGCCCAAUAGGCUCAGCUCAUGAUGACAGAAUACAUCUUAAAAAGACUGGCUCUGUUAUGUAACUCUUCGUGUAUGUUAAGUAUUGAUAGGUCAAAACCAAAAUGACCUAACCCCUCCUGGACCUGUUUCUCCUGAAACACCUUGUAUUCAUUUACCAUAGUAUUCCUCUCCUCCUCAAGUAGACACCUCUCUCAGGA